AUGGAUUUAGACACCGACGUUCCAAUGGAAGACGUAAGUGAGAGCCAACAAUUGAGUCACACAUUUGGAAAUGACGAGUCUACAAAUAGUGCAAAUCAGGGGUCAUCCUCUUCAAUAAGACAGGAAACUCCUGCUGCUUCCAUUGACAAACUAGACCAAUGGAUUGAAAAACUUGCUAAAUGUGAACCAUUAUCAGAGGGAGAUGUGAAACAAUUAUGUGACAUGGCAAUUGAAGUGUUGCAGUUUGAAGAAAAUGUACAACCCGUCCAUGUACCGGUGACCAUAUGUGGAGAUGUUCAUGGUCAAUUUCAUGAUUUGAUGGAAUUGUUUCAAAUUGGAGGUCCAUGUCCCGACACAAACUACCUUUUCAUGGGCGAUUAUGUUGAUAGAGGUUAUUACUCGGUCGAAACCGUAUCAUACUUGGUUUGUAUGAAGGUACGUUUCCCCAAUCGAAUCACGAUUUUAAGAGGAAAUCACGAAUCCAGACAAAUCACUCAAGUUUAUGGAUUCUAUGACGAAUGUUUGCGUAAGUACGGCUCGGCUACGGUAUGGAAGUUGUUUACAGAUCUCUUUGACUACUUCCCGAUAACAGCAUUGGUGGACAACAAAAUUUUCUGCUUGCAUGGUGGUUUAUCGCCAAUGAUUGAAACCAUCGAUCAGGUAAGAGAGCUAAACAGGAUCCAAGAAGUCCCCCACGAAGGACCCAUGUGUGACUUACUAUGGUCUGACCCUGAUGAUCGUGGUGGAUGGGGUAUAUCUCCAAGAGGGGCCGGUUUCACUUUUGGUCAAGAUAUAUCCGAACAGUUCAACCACACCAAUGACCUCAGCUUGAUUGCUCGUGCCCAUCAGCUUGUGAUGGAGGGUUACUCGUGGUCACAUCAAGAGUCGGUAGUAACCAUCUUUUCGGCUCCAAACUACUGUUACCGAUGUGGAAACCAAGCUGCAAUUAUGGAAGUUGAUGAACAGCAUAAUAGGCAGUUCUUACAAUAUGAUCCUUCUAUCCGUCCAGGAGAACCCACGGUUACGAGAAAAACACCCGACUACUUUUUAUAA